CGUGGGUCGAGGCUCCGCCCUCACGCCCACGUCACUACAGGAGGCGGUGUGUAUUCGUUCACUCACGAGCUGUGAGCCAUCUCUGCCCUCCCGUUGGUCGCUAUUAUUACGAACUCACCAAUCAGACACGAGGGGCUGUGCAUGCAGCGUUGAUGGGAAAUUCGCCCGUCUGCUAGCCAGUUUCUCUCGAUCUCUUGUGGAAAGAAUUGGAUAGUGGGACUUUACUGUGGAUUUUACAGGUUAAAGCUAACGCUCGGGCUGGUGUUAGGAUGUAUACUCGGAGGAUAUACGUGUAAGGUGCAGCAGCAAGUGCAAGGAGCAUCCUGACGAGAGGAAGAAGUGAGGCCUUCUGUGGGGAACGAUUGCCUUGAUGCUGAUAAAGGGCUCUUGAUCUGAGGAGUUAGAGCUACCUUUCCUUGACGUUUUAUUGGAUAAACCAGACUGUCAUGACUGUGGCCCAGCGGACCACUAACACCAAUAGUCUAGUUGAACAGAUCAUGGAAACUUGUCCUCAGGCCGGGCUACGGGGGUAGAAAAAACCCUCGAACCCAGUCCAAGGUACCUCCAGUUGAGGACGACUCAUAGCUUCAUCACAGGCCUGAGUACCUAGACACAUUCUUGUAUAUAGACGAUGAGUGAAGAUAAGGACACAGCACAUGCCCAAGCCUCUGCUAUUCCUCAACAUCCUCAGCAGCAGCAGCAACAGCAACAGCAGCAACAGCAACAGCACCAUCUCACCCACCAGACCACCACCUUAGUCUCCAUGCAGGCUGCAGCCACAGCCCAGCCCAUUGUGCAGCAGGCUUCCCCACAGGCUGGCCUCUCGCUGCCCGAACACUGCCGACCCAUGGUAGCUACACCACCAACCACCACAACCACCACCACUUGCUUCUUUUCACGACCGCGAGAGAGAGAGAUAGAGAGAGAGGCAGUGAUGGGCAUGUCGGGAGAAUGGUUGCAGUUAUCGCGGGUCAACCAGCUUCAUAGUCCGACACACUUCUAUGUGCAGGCCUCCAUACCAUCUGGGAUGCAACCUGCACCUCCAGCUAUUGCCCCAGCACCAGGACCACAGACAAGUACAAGUACAGUAUCAGCGCUCCACCAGCCCCUGCAGCACCAUCUGGCUCCACAACCACUUACUCAUCCUGGCGUUUCUCCAUCUCCUAUGCCACAGUUUUCUCCGCAGUUACAAGUUAUUCAGAGUGGAAUACCCGGUACCCCAUAUGUUCAACAACUGUACCAAAAUGCUCAGGGUCAGCUGAUCAUGCCUAGCAAUCUCACCCUUCAGACUGCUACAGGCAUGAACACAACAUCUAUUCAACCAAGCACUCUGAAUGGACUUAAUCAGCCACUUCAGGUCAUUGCUGCAGGGAAGCCAUUCCAGGGGCAGAUUGCUCCACACAUGUUGACAACUACAACAGGGAAAGCUGGAGUGCUGCAAGCAGGAGGUCAAGGUUACUCUCCUGCGGCCAUCCCAACCACAGGUAGUCAGACUUUGGUGAUUGGUCAGCUGCCCAUGGGAGUCAUCAGCAGCCCGCAGCACAACAUUCUUCCUGCCCAUUCAACUACACACAAGCCCACAGACAUGCAAAAGCAAGGCAUUACGUGGGCCACCCCUGGGACCCUCCACUCUCCUGCUCUUCUUGCUGCACAGAAUCAACCAAUAUUCAUCCGAAAUGCUCAGCCUGGACAAGAGAAUGUUUUUAUUUCAAACCCUCAGCCACAAACCAUGCAUGCUCCAAAUUCUAUGAUGCCACCCUUGGGAUCCAUGCAGCAUGGCACGCAAACCCCCAAGCAACGAGCUGGAAUGGAAAUGCCUGCCAACAUCCAGCCCAAGGCACCCAAUAUGCGUCCGCCUAUCCUGCCCUCGAAUCCUGCACAAAUUCGUCCAGGUUCUUCAGUUUCUACUCAAACAGCUGGACAGCAGCUUGCCCCUGGACCUAUGACAGCACCCAGAGCACAGAAUAAAGUACGUGGCAAGAGUGGCACCAACCGAUCAUCUCCAGCUAUGAGCAAUGCUGCCCAGAUGACCAAUACUCAAGUGUCUCACACUACUGUGGUUAAUGCUAAUACCAUGGCUACUACAGUUGUUGCUGCUAAUGCCAGCACUCAAGUUAUGCAGCAGACGGCAGUCUCGCCAGCACCCAUGUCAUCUUCACCUGCUGUUACUGUUUCUGCUGCUAAUAAAGUUAUUUCUCAGGCUGCCCCUAUGCAAGCUAUUACUAGUAUGGCUCAAGCUAAAACUGGAGUACCAAUGACCCCCCCAACAGCACCUUUACCUCCAGCUGGGCAGCCACCUCCUGGUUUACCACAGCUGGUUAGAGCGCCAACACCCAAAACCCAGCAGUCCAGUGUUACCAUUCCUCAGGUGUCAGCGGCUCCCUCCCCACCUACGCUAAUAUCUAGUGUUUCUUUGCAAGCGCCAACUCAUGUACAAACUAUGACCACCCAGUCUUCUGUAAAUACACCUGCCCCAGUCCUUGCUCCUGCCACUUCCACCAUGACUUCACAACAGCAACAGCAACACCAUCAACAGCAACUUCAGCAGCAUCAACAGCAGCAGCAACAGCAACAACUACAACACCAUCAGCAACAACAACAGCAGCAACAACAACAGCAGCAACAGCAGCAACAGCAGCAGCAGCAGCAGCAGCAGCAGCAGCAGCAGCAGCAGCAGCAACAACAACAGCAACAAGUUGCAUGUCCAGUAUCUCAAGUUGCACCAUCUUUGCAGCCUCCAACUCUGGCACCAGCAGUGGCACCAAUUUCCUCAACACCUCCAAUACUCCAAGCCAAGACAGAGGUCAAAAUGGAAAACCCCACUCAAAAAAAACUAAAUCCCAUAACACCUCUGACUACUGAAAACAAUUCAGGCAAAAAAGUUAAUCCUGUUACGUCAAUGCAGUCUUCAGGGACCACGACACACAUGACACAGGCUGCAAUACACCAGUUGCCAACACCAACAAUAAAUGGUGCACCAUCUAGUGAGAGUGGAGAGGUUCAUGACAGAGUUCCACAAGCAACAGUCAAUGGAACGGCACACCCUGUUGCUCCGCUGCCACCCACCACUGGCCCACCAAAGGCCAUGGUUAAGCCACAGGUGCUCACACAUGUCAUUGAAGGAUUUGUUAUUCAUGAAGCUUCUGAGCCAUUCCCUGUGAGUCGAUCAUCUUUGCUAACUGAGAUCUCGAAGCCUCGUCCUCCCAACUCCACCAACACUUCUAUCCCAGUUGCUGCCGUCACUUCUUGCUCUGCGCAGGCACCCAUAGGAGGACAAGCUGAGAAAGAGAACCUACCUGAUGAUGAGGCUGCCAGAAAGAAGGCUGGUGAGCAGACCUCAACUUCACCAAAGGGAGACACUGCUAAAUGUGAAUUUUGUGGCAAGAUUGACUUGCGUUCCAAAUUUAAAAGAUCUAAAAGGUUUUGUAGUACAGCGUGUGCAAAAAGAUACAAUGUUGGGUGUUCAAAAAGAAUUGGUCUCUUCAAAAACCCUGAAGAAUCUCCAAAUAAACGAGCACGUGAGGAUAGUGGAAUGGAAGAGGCUGAUGCUGCCCCCCAGUUAAUGGCAGUUGAACCUCAGGCAGCAGAGACAACAGAAAUGGAAGUGGAUGAGACAGUAGCAGAGGGUGAUGGAACUACUACUGUAGAGUCUCCUUCUAAAUCUCAGACGGUCAACAUCCUCAAGUGGACAGUUAAGGAUGUUGUAGACUUCAUACAAAACCUUCCAGGCUGUAAAGAGUAUGCAGAAGACUUUGCUCUUCAAGAGAUAGAUGGCCAGGCAUUAAUGCUGUUGAAAGCUGACCACUUAAUGUCAGCUAUGUCCAUGAAACUUGGACCAGCUUUGAAGAUCUGUGCUAAGAUUGAGUCAAUGAGAGGUGACAGAAAAGAAACCUAAUGAGUACAAAACUUAAGGAAUGGAUCAAGAUGCUUUUAGAAGAGCAAUAUGUAUGUGAUGUCUUAAAUUAUAUUAUCAUAUUAUAUUUGUUUUAUAUGUAUUACAUAAAUGCUUUGCUCUUGUAUCAGAAUUAUUUCCAUUCACUGUCUUUUUCAAUUAAGUCAAAAAGUAGUAUCUAUUGUAAAUAAAAGCUAGUACUUAAGGAGAGAGUACAGACAAAUAUUUUAUUUUACAGUAAUAUCCUGACUGUGACAUUUCUGCACUGCCGUAUGUAGGGUUAAGGUAUUUUUCACCAUUUUCAAUGUAUUAGAUUUUGAAUGAAUGUAGUCUUUUGUAAGAGUGACCACAGUUGUAUGGAAUGACCUUGUUAUGUCAAUGCCUUUGUAUAAAGGCUCUUGGUUAAUGUACUUUAUCAUAUGAGGGAGGACCUACUUUCACCCACAUCAAAGAAGCAUCUUUGUCAAGCUAGGAUAGAAUUACCAGAGGAAUGGUGCUUAUGUAUUUGUAAACAGAUCUCAUUAACCAUCUAAAUUAAUUUUAAAAAAACUUGUGCAAUCAUGACAAAGAAUGUUAAUCCUAUUUUUUUCUGUAAGAAAGGCUUAUUUUAUUUGUUGUCCAAUAAUAGUAAUGACUUCAGUGUGUCAGUAAAGAUAUGAAUGGUAUGAUUAUGAAGAGCAAAUGGAAUGUGUAGAAUGAAUGAUAGUGUUUGGGUUUAACCAUUACAGUAUUUAUAAAACACUUGGUUGUUCCUAAAUACACUGAAUCAGCUUUAGUAUUCUGAAUUUGUUUGAGGGGUGUUUCAGCAGUUUACAAACUUUUCAGAAAUAAUGUAUAAUAAUUAUUUUGUUGUGUACAUUACAGUUUUAUCACAUA